CGGGAUGCAGCUGUCAAAUUUAUUUACGUUAGAGUUUUUUAUUUGUUUCUGUAUUUGCAUUUCUCACUGAAUUUUAUAAGCACGCUCUGUUAGGCAAAAUUUCAAGUUCGUUAUGUCUUUGAAGAAAGAGAUAUCCAAGGUGGAGUAUCGAAUAAAGCUGUUGUCUGGCAAUAAUGUUGUUCUCGUCGAGGCCAAUGGAUUUGAAUCGGAAAUCUUUGUACCUAGUAUCCACAACGGACGCAUUAGUUUUCAGAACAUAAUACCGAAUAGGAGAUGCUGUAACAGGUUAAACGUGCUGGCGUCAAAGAGUUCGGCUGGAAAAAAACGUCGUUCCACACAAACUACUGAACGAAUUUUGGCACCAGUGAAUUAUAAUAGAGACAGCAUUUCCCCUUCCACAACUUGGCGUCUGCAGGCCGGACAUGAAGUCAAUCGUACACGCUCACCAUUAGCAUUUAGCACGCCGGCACCAGCCCCAUCGCCAUCGCCAUCGCCGUCAUAUACUAUAGGGCAACAAUUGAAACACCAUAAUAAGGAAAACUACACGCCACUUCCGCGCGCGUUGGCACAAGCUAACCACCCAAUUGAUAUACUGCGAGUAAAUAGACGAUCGCCUAUUCAGUUAAAUAGAAAAAGUAGUCUACAGACACCAGACACAAGAACUGUACGAAUACAAUGCCAGCAAUCGGAAAUCAGUAAGCAUUUAAAUGCAGCUUCGGGAGACUCUGGAUCGGGUUUCAAUAUUCCUGAUGUGCCAAAUUUAUCACGAAGUACAGGAUUUUCGUUUUUAGAAUCGCCAAAUAACGCGAAAAGUAAAGCAAAGAAAGCAAAUACAUCAGCACCGGGCACAGUUACGAAAUGGCGUAAGUGUUUGACACCAGUGCGCACAUACUCUCGAAAUGGAUUUACUGUGCCGCGUCUCCCUUCCAGUUCCAGUGUAACGAAUGCACGGAAUUUAAAAAGACUGCCUUCUAUGACACAAGGCACUAAAGGUACGUACAAAUUAGAAGUAAGGAGGCGGAAGCUGGUCGUUGAUCCUAAGACAGCUAUAUCACCGAAUACAUUCAAGCAACAGCAGCGCACUACAGCACAUCUACGUCCGAAAAGCCCCAACAAAAGACGUUCAGGAGCAACAUUACCAAACGAUCGAAGGCAAUAUGAUAUGAGUAAGAAAACUGCUUUCGACAUGCUCACAGCCCCUAGUAGAUCACAUGUGGCCACAAAGUUAGCACAACAGUUUAAGAAAGCAUGUGUGAACAAAGCCUCGUCAACAUGUCCUAAAUAUAAAAUUUUAUGUAAAAUACCACCAUUGGAGCAACCGGAACGCCAACCUAAGGGUAAAUAUAGUGUAAAUAAAUAUUUACCGCCCAGCAAUAUUACCGCGGCCGCAAUGAUGGAGAAAGCGUGCUCGACUGUAAAUCAAACUUGCGAAGGCGUCACACAUUUCCAACGUCCGAGUUGGCCCACUCAAACACAAUAAUGUCGGUAUGAAAAUUAACUCUUAAUAGUAGUGGGAAUAAUUUUUGGGCAAUACUUCUAAAUUCAAAUAGCAAUAUUUUGUUAUUCUACUUUAGGCGCUAUGUUUAAUAGUUUGAAAUUAAUUUUACUUCUAUACUCAACUCAAAUUCUAUUCAGUCAGAUGG